AGGAGAGGGAUUUCCACAGCUUUCACAGAGACGGUGGUCAAACCACUGCAGGGAGCCAGACCUCCCACCACCACCAUCAUCAUGAAGGAAACCACCGACAAUGUCUCACUGGACGAUGCCAGCUGGGGGCAGACCAAGACCCAGGACACUAUUUUUCACUCUGAAGAAGAUAACAGUCUUUACUUCACAUACAGUGGAAAAUCAAAUGUUCUGGAGGUCAAAGAACUCAACUACCAGGUUAACACAGCAUCCCUGAUUCCCUGGUAUGAGAACCUUGCUCAGAUGAAAAUGCCCUGGACCUGGAAAUCAGAUCCCCAUUCCCAUGUGACAGUGAUCCAAAAUCUGAAUCUCAAAGUGCGAAGUGGUCAGAUGCUUGCAAUUAUAGGAACCACAGCUGGUGGAAAGACAUCCUUGCUUGACGUGAUAACCUGCCGGGAUCAUGGAGGCAAAAUCAAGUCUGGUCAAGUCAUGAUCAACAACAAACCCAUCACUCCCCAGCUCGUUAGGAAAUGCAUAGCACACGUGAGGCAGGAUGACCGACUGCUCCCCCACCUGACUGUCAGAGAAACACUAUUGUUCGUUGCCAAACUGCGCCUUCCAAAGUUUUUUUCAGACUCACAAAGGAAAAAAAGGGUGGAAGAUGUGAUCGCAGAGCUCCGCCUGCGGCAGUGCGCCAACACCAGGGUGGGGAACGAGUACCUGCGGGGCGUCUCCGGGGGAGAGAGGCGCAGGGUGAGCAUCGGCGUGCAGCUGCUCUGGAACCCGGGAAUACUAAUACUUGAUGAACCUACUUCUGGACUGGACAGCUUUACUGCACAUAACCUUGUGAUAACAUUAUCCAGACUGGCCAGAGGAAACAGAUUGGUUCUUCUUUCAGUUCAUCAGCCCCGGUCAGAUAUCUUCCAACUGUUUGAUUUGGUUCUUCUCAUGACUUCUGGACUCACUGCCUACGGUGGAACAGCUAAAGACAUGGUCCAGUAUUUCACAGAACUAGGCUAUCCUUGCCCAAGGUACAGCAAUCCUGCAGAUUUCUACGUUGACUUGACCAGUAUUGAUAAACAGACUGCAGAAAAGGAGAAGGAAAGCCAAAAAAGAGCAAAUACUCUUGCCAACUUGUUCAUAGAAAAGGUCAAACAUUUUGAUGAUUUCUUAUGGAAAGCUACUGAAGGAGACAACACUGAUACCACAGCCAUCAAGCAGAGGAAUUCAGAAGAGGUUAUCAAUAUGCCUCACCAUGUAAAUGAUCAAUUACCAGGAUCCUUGAAGCAGUUCACAAUAUUAUUAAGUCGUCAGGUCUCCAAUGACUUCAGAGAUCUUUCAACAUUACUAAUCCAUGGAUUUGAAGCCCUUCUUAUGUCAUUGCUAAUUGGAUUUUUGUACUAUGGCCAUGGAAAAAAUGGACUCUCUAUUCGUGACACAGCAGCACUCCUGUACAUGAUAGGUGCCCUUAUCCCAUUCACAAUAAUUUUGGAUGUUAUUGCCAAAUGUCAUUCAGAAAGAGCAAUGCUUUAUCAUGACUUGGAAGGUGGAAUGUACUCUGUUAGCCCAUACUUCUUUGCUAAGAUUCUGGGGGAGCUACCAGAACACUGCAUUUUUGUUGUAAUUUAUGGGAUUCCCAUCUACUGGAUGGCAAACCUUGUUCCUGAUCCAGAACAUUUCCUGCUGAAUUUCCUGUUACUGUGGUUGGCUGUUUACAGUGCCCGUGCCAUGGCACUUUGGGUGGCAGCUCUGCUGCCGACGUUACAGCUCUCGGCCUUCCUUGGCAAUGUCCUCUUCACAUCAUUCUACCUCAGUGGUGGUUUUGUGAUAAGCCUGAACAGCCUCUGGACAGUUCCUUUUUGGGUUUCAAAAAUCUCUUUCCUCAGAUGGAAUUUUGAAGGAAUGAUGCAACUUCAGUUCACUAACACCACAUAUGAAAUAACUGAUGGAAACACUACUUAUGAAAUACCAGGGAAACUUGUCACACAGGCUCUGGACCUGGACUCCCACCCUCUCUAUGUGAGCUACCUUGUCCUCACCGGCAUCAUUUGCAGCUUCCUGCUUUUGUACUAUUUAUCUCUGCGCUUUAUCAAGCAGAAGUCAACCCAAGACUGGUGAGAGCAGCGGAGGCAGCAGGUGAGGGCCUCCCUGCGGGAAGGGCAGGAGAAGAAGGCUCCCGCCGCGGGAGCCCCGGGAGCGGCGGGCGCCGGCGGCGCGGCUGCCACAGGAUGGCAGCAGAGCCCCAGGAGUCGGGAGGCGGGCGGGAGCCUGCCACGGACCGCGGCUCAGCCUGGGAUGGGGGUCGGGGGUGGGCUUUGGGCUUUGGGUUCACUUUGGGUUUUGCUUCACGUACGGUUUGAACGAGUGACAAGGCCAUUGCGAGUCCUGCACAUCUGGAAAUUGUCUGAGCUGUGGGCCACCGAUACAAAAGGACCCAUGGGUUUGUCCAUAAUGUUUGAACACACGAUGAUCACUCACUUAAUUCAGAGGGCUACAAGAGAACAGGAUCAAAACACUUUCUGUGGCACGUAUGACAUCUAACAGAGAAGAUUUCACAAGUGCUUCAGGAGAACAUGCAAGGAUGGAAAACACAAUUGUUAACUACUCUGUGUUCUAAUUGCUUAUGUGUAUUAAAGCUUUAUUUCUAUGUUUUAACGCUUUGCCUUUGUCUUCCAGUAAUAUGCUGGUGAUGCCCAAAACAGGUAUUUGCUCACUGUAGGGAUGAGACCUUGUAACAAAUAAAAUUAUCUCACCUUCUUGGAUUUAUUUUUACAAUAUAAAUGCAUACCAACUGAUUGUUAUUAAUGACAUCUUUCUCCAUUGCAACACAUAUCAUAGCAAUUUGCCAAGUUUGCUUCCUAAGGUUCUCAGGUGGAAAACACCAUCCUGCCCUGGAGUAAUUAAAAAUCUAACUAUGCAACCUAUUAAUGCUUGCCAUAGUGCACCUAGUUAUGCUCAGAAAAUGAGUAUCAGUAAAUACAUGGCUGUAAUUCACAGUCAUGGUAAGUGCAUGUGCAAAUUACUUGUACAGUUAUUGUGAGCAUUUUUUAAGAUUAGCUUGCUUGCUUUUAAACGUUUAGAUGCAUAUCUCUGUUCUUACAUAUAGAAACCCAAAGGAGAUUGUCUACUUGACUUUCAUUUGCACAUUGCACACAGUGGGAAACUCCUAGUGUAAUCAGCUGCAAUGUCCCAGAUACUGUUAUGUAAAUUGUGAGGUUUGGUUGGUUUUGGUUGUUCUGUUGGGGUUUUUUGUUUUGUUUUGGGUUUUUUGGUCCUUUUUUUUUUUGGUUGUUGUUUGUUUGGUUUGUUUUUUUGUUUGUUUUUUUUAAGAAAUAGGAAUGAAAGAUCAACUGUGUUUUAUUAUUCUUUUUGGCAGUUAGGACUGCCAAGAUACUUUCCACAGGUUCCACAAGGUAUUAAUUCCCAGGAGAACCCUGGUCUAUAGAUGUUAAGCAAGUCUGAUAAAAUAACAUCAACCCCAGGCAGCAAUAGGAAUCCAAAACACACUCUAAGGUGAAUCCUACCAUUUCUAUCUUGUUCUGCUGC